UAUUGGUGCAGACAAAGCGGGUGCAACACAAAGAAAGAAGAUAUCUGGGUCUAACAACAGGUGUCAGACAAAAUGGGAAGAAAGAAAAUACAAAUUUCUCGAAUUCAUGACCAGAGGAACAGACAGGUGACUUUCACCAAGCGUAAAUUUGGGCUGAUGAAGAAGGCCUAUGAGCUGAGCGUGCUGUGUGACUGUGAGAUCGCACUCAUCAUCUUCAACAGCACUAACCGUCUGUUCCAGUACGCCAGCACCGACAUGGACAAAGUGCUACUCAAAUACACGGAGUACAGCGAGCCCCACGAGAGCCGCACCAACACUGACAUCCUGGAGACUCUGCGCAGGAAAGGUGUCGGGCUGGACGGUGCAGAAGUCGACAGUGAGGAGAGCAUGCAGGUGGCCAUCGACAAAUAUCCUCUGAGCGACAGCAUGGACCUGUCUGUGGCUCGGCAACGCAUCUACGUGCCCUCACUGCUCACACCAGAAGCCCAGCUCCUGGUGUCUGCAGGUUAUGAAAAUACAUUCCCCAACUCUUGUGGAUCCGGCACGACAUCCCACAGACCACCAGGUUUUAAAUCCCUGAACUCCAGACCAGGCUCUGCUAACCCCACUGCUCCACACACUGCAUUCAUGUCUCCACACUCAGGGUUUGGCUACUCCGUCUUCUCCCACAGCAGCUUGAAUCGGACUGUGGACAUGACGAGCCCUCCUCUGCUGAACCUGGGCAGUGAAAAUGGGCGAGUGGGAGAAGGCGCCACUCAGGGUUCAGGACCCACACGGGGUCACCACAACCCCACUAGGGGGCUCUUCUACCAGGGAGGUCUACACGCCAGCAGCUCAGUGGUGGCUAUGACCAAGGCAGGGCUGCUGGGCCCCACUGUGGGAAACUACAGCAUCCCUUCAUCUGGGGCAUCUGGGGCAUCCGAGUAUGGCCAGCCUGGUUUUUAUCACUCGGUCAGUUUGCAGCGAGGACCGGUGAACCCGUGGCAGACACCCCAUGAGUCUCAUAUAAACCCAGGGAUGUCCAGCGGGGGGUGCUCCUUCCCCUCCCCAACUUGUACUUCAGCCACCCCACAUCUGUCCUCCCUGAACCUCAGCAUCAAAUCAGAGCGCAUCUCUCCUGAGCACAUGUCUUCGCCUACAUCCCCUCUUCUACACCACGUCAGGCAACAUUCGCCAAUCAGCAACCCCGAUUCAGCUCACCAAACUGCCCCAGAAACCUGUUUAGUCAACGAAAGGAGGGAGUUCACUCCUCUGAACGGAGAGGCAGGAGGACAGCGGGAGAUGAGUGAGGGGUGGCACAGAUAGCCUGCUGCGCUCAGUUCCUCCUCUGCAGUCUCCCAUUCAGUCAUCUACACACGAGUGACACCUCACUGAUAGGUGACAGUGAGAUAGGUCGCAUUUAUCCCCACGGUGAAGCCUCUGUGACCUCAUACAGAGCUGGUCUCUCCUGUGCGGGGAAGAGUUUUCUCUCCAUCACUUGUUUAAUCAAAUGGUAAGAAUACUUACCUUCCAUCCGAAUACUCAGUAUGUAGUAACGUCAGUUGGGAACCUGCUACCCAGCCUUUUACUGCAUGUGCUAGAAGUAAGCCAGCAAGUACUAGGGACACAAUUCAGAUGUACUACACCACCGCCAUCUUACUUGUCCUUUAACCAGGAUGUUUACAGAUGACACAUGUGCAUACUCACAUAC